AUGUGCGCAUUCCGGCCCAUCCCUUCCCCAUGGUGCGCCUUCCGCCCAUGCCUUCCCCAUGUGCGCAUUCCGCCCCCAUCCCUUCCCUAUGUGCGCAUUCCGCCCCCAUCCCUUCCCCAUGUGCUCAUUCCGCCCCCAUCCCUUCUCCGUGUGCGCAUUCCGCCCCCAUCCCUUCCUCAUGUGCGCAUUCCGCCCCCAUCCCUUCCCCUUGUGCGCAUUCCGCCCCCAUCCCUUCCCCAUGUGCGCAUUCCGCCCCCAUCCUUUCCCCUUGUGCGCAUUCCGCCCCCAUCCCUUCCCCAUGUGCGCAUUCCGCCCCCAUCCUUUUCCCAUGUGCGCAUACAAGGUCCAACUUGGGGCCCAUGCGCGCCUUCAUCCCCAUGCCACACAUCCCGCCCCCAUGCACGAGUCAAAUACCAAAAUCCAUAUCUACUCCCUUCUGUCUCAUCUGUACUAACCUGUCAUGUCACCCCUUUUCCCCCCGCCUCUUCCAACCCGCUCCUAUUCCGCGCCCCUCCUCUGCGCCCCUCCCCCGCGCCCGUCCUCCGCGCCCCUUCUUCCGCGUCUAUCUCUGAACAGGAGAACGGCGCAGAAGGGGGGAAUAAAGGAGAGGGGGAGAGCAGCAGCGGCAGCAGCAUGGAGCCCAGCUGGUGGAAGAAGGAUGUGACGCUGUCUCUGCUGGGGCCUGCCCUGGGCCACGGGGAGGUGCAGUGCCUCGAUCCCCCUGCCUGUUCGCACCUCCGCAUCUCCUACCGCCUGUGGGAUGCGGGGACAUACAGUGCAACACUCCACGUGGGUUGCGCCAAUCUCAACUUCUCACCGGCCUUUGCCGCCCAUUUCAACUCCACCUACCGCCAUGACCUUGCCACGUGGAGCCUCUCCAUUGGCUGGCCAGAAUCAGUUUCCCAGAAGGUUCCUGGCUCUGCAGGUGCUCCUGCAAAAGCUGUUGAUGCUGCUGCAGGUGAUUCUGACGAAUCUGCUGUUAGUGGCGCUGAUGAUGCUGGUGAUAGUGGUGAUAGUGGUGAUGCUGCUUAUUCCAGACCUGCAGAUGCUUCUGAUUCGGGGGCUGCAGCUGCUGCUGAUGUUGAUGAUGGUGGUGACAGUGCUGCCAGGUCAUCAUCAGAAGGUAGGGUCCUUCUGGAUGACGUGGCAGCUGGUGAUGAGGCACUUGGAGAAGGCGAUACAACCUCCGCAGAUACCGCCUACCCAAAUGCCACCCCCCCAGAUGCUGCCUCUCCCAGCAAGCUACCCUCUCCCUGUGCACUCUCCUCCAUCCCCGGUCGGUGGACCAAGGCACGCAGUGGCAAGUACAUCUGGGCCUUCUUCCCAUGCGCACCAGCAGCGUCACCUCCCAGCCGUUGGAUCGAGCAGCUGGCAAGCAGGGGAAUCCGCGAGAUUAACAUAGUGGGCGAUUCCCACCAGCGGGUGCUGGCGCUGCACCUGCACUGGCUGCUGUCGGGGGAGGCGGACAAGCGGAUUCGAAAGGGACAUUUAGACUUCAGCAAGGAGUCGCGGAAUGAGAGGAACGAGACGAUGAGGAUCAACUUCUACUGGGUGGAUGGGAUUUACCGGAAUGAUGAGUUUGGAUGCAGUCAUCGGGGAAUCUACACCCAUCGCAACACCACAUUCCCAACCAACGUAUCCACCACAGCUGACGUUACCCUUCUAGAAGCAGGCUACUGGAUGAACAAGUGGUGCACAGAGCCAGUCCAAGCCAUGCGAGCCCACCUCCCAGAGUACCUCAAUUGGGGAUUGCAGUUCGCCGCCCAAACCGGGAAGCCAAUAGUGUUGCGCACGGCGCCUCCAGUGCCGAACGGGGGCGAUCAUUGCUUCGUGGGAUCGUAUCCCGGGCCAGCUACGAACCUGGCACUUAUGGAGAUCAAUCGGUUGAUGCGUCAACUUACAGCGGGUGGUAAGGUAUAUGGUGGAGGUGCUAAUGGGUUAGAUUUGUCAAAUCGUGAUUUCCGUCAAUAA